AUGGGCGGUGUGGCUCAGUUGGUGGUGGUUACUGUGCUCUUGGCCACUGCCGCCGCCGCUGCGCGGACGGCGUCGGCGGCGGGGGCGCGGCCGAGCGAGGUGGCCGUGGGCGCCCUCUUCACGUACGACUCCACGAUUGGCCGCGCCGCGCAGCUCGCCAUCGAGCUCGCCGUCGACGACGUCAACGCGGACGCCAAGGUGCUCUCGGGGACCAAGCUCAACUUGAUGCCCAUGGACACCAACUGCAGCGGCUUCCUUGGCACCAUCAAAGCUUUGGAGCUAAUGGAGAAAAAUGUAGUUGCUGUGAUUGGCCCACAAUCCUCUGGGAUAGGCCAUGUCAUCUCUCAAGUUGUCAAUGAGUUACAUGUUCCUCUUCUAUCAUUUGCGGCAACGGAUCCAACUCUUUCUGCAUCAGAGUAUCCUUACUUCUUAAGGACAACUACAAGUGACUACUUCCAAAUGAAUGCCGUUGCUAGCAUUGUUGAUUACUAUCAGUGGAAAAGGGUGACUGCUAUAUACGUCGACGACGAUUAUGGGCGAGGUGGCGUCUCGGCUCUCGGCGAUGCGCUUGCAUUGAAGAGGGCACAGGUUUCAUAUAAAGUAGCUAUUCCUCCAAAUUCAAACACAGAUGUGAUCCGUGAUGUACUGUUUAGAGCAAACAUGAUGGAAUCAAGGGUCAUGGUUGUGCAUGUCAAUCCUGACACAGGUUUGAGGGUAUUUUCUGCAGCUAAGAAGCUCCAGAUGAUGGCCAGUGGCUAUGUCUGGAUAGUAACUGACUGGCUAGCUGCUGUCCUCGAUUCCUCCCCCGCAUCUAGAGAUCCUAAAUACAUAAGCAAUAUUCAGGGAGUAAUUGUUCUUCGUCAGCACACUCCUGAUUCUGAUGCCAAGAAAAAGUUCAUAUCUAGAUGGAACACUGUGGCUCGUAACAGAAGUAUGACUUCUGGACUGAACUCAUAUGCUUUCUAUGCUUAUGACUCAGUUUGGGCCGUUGCUCGCUCUGUCGACCAAUUUCUCAAUGCUGGGCAACAUAUCAACUUCUCAACAGAUCCAAGGCUGCAUGAUCCAAACGGCACCACUUUGCGUCUGUCAAGUCUCAAGAUAUUCGACGGUGGUGACCAGAUGCUGCAGCAACUUCUCCUCACAAACUUCACAGGUCUAACAGGUCCAGUCCGAUUUGAUUCAGGCGGCAAUUUGGUACGCCCAGCUUAUGAUAUCCUCAAUGUUGGCCGCUCCGGUAUCAGCUUGGUUGGCUAUUGGUCCAACUAUUCAGGCCUUUCUGUGGCUGCUCCUGAAAUUUUGUAUCAGAUGCCAUCAAAUGCAUCCACCAGUGCCUAUCAGCUGAAGAAUGUGGUAUGGCCUGGUGAUUCAACUGAUAUACCUAGGGGCUGGGUGUUUCCAAACAAUGGCCAGCCUCUCAGAGUUGGGGUCCCAGUUAAACCAAGCUUCAAGACAUUGGUGUCAGGCAGUAGCCCUGAUACUGUGAGGGGUUACUGCAUUGAUGUUUUCAAGUCAGCAAUUAAACUGCUCCCUUACCCAGUUCCUUACCAGUUUGUACCUAUUGGGGAUGGCACAAAGAACCCUAGUUACGUCGGCAUUGUUGGGAUGGUUGCUUCCAAUACACUUGAUGCAGCUGUAGGCGACUUUUCGAUAGUGAGAAAUGGAACACGGCUUGCUGAGUACACACAGCCUUACAUUGAUUCAGGGCUUGUGAUAGUGGCGCCGGUGAAACAUGUAAGCUCAGGCGCCUGGGCUUUCCUUAAACCUUUCACAUGGGAGAUGUGGUUUGUCAUAGGCGCUCUUUUCAUUUUGGUGGGAAUUGUGGUGUGGCUACUCGAACAUCGGACUAAUGAGGAAUUUCGAGGGCCUCCACGUAAUCAAAUCAUAACAAUAUUCUGGUUCAGCUUCUCAACAAUGUUCUUCUCACACAGGCAGAACACCGGAACCGCGCUCGGGCGUUUCGUGCUAAUCAUAUGGAUGUUUGUCGUGUUGAUCAUCACUUCAAGCUACACUGCCAGCUUGACGUCAAUCCUGACGGUCCAACAGCUCGCGACAGGAAUUACAGGACUUGACAGUCUCAUAUCAAGCUCUUUACCUAUUGGAUACCAGACCGGAAAAUUCACCAAGAAAUACCUGAUGAUAAACCUCAACGUUCCUGAGUCUCGAUUGGUGCAACUGAACACGAUCCAGGAAUACGCUGAUGCCCUUACCCGUGGACCGAAAAAUGGCGGUGUUGCUGCGAUUAUCGACGAGAAGCCAUAUAUCGAUAUCUUCCUGUCACACUACUGCAACUUCAAGAUUGUGGGACAGCAGUUCACAAGGGAAGGAUGGGGAUUUGCAUUCCAGAAAGACUCCCCCCUUGCUGCAGAUAUGUCGACCGCCAUCCUUCAGCUUUCAGAGAGUGGCAAGCUUCAGAGCAUCCAUGACGAGUGGUUCACAAAGCCGAGCUGUGCCACCGACGAUGAGAGCAAUCUGGGAGCAACCAGGCUUGGCCUCGGAAGCUUCUGGGGCCUUUUCCUCAUUUGUGCCCUGAUAUGUCUCUUAGCUCUGGUGAUGUUCUUCAUACAAGUCUGCUGGCAGUACAAGCAGUACUCCAAUUCUGAAGAUGCUGACGAGCCCAGUGCAGCUGGCGCUGAUGGUGCUGUCAAAAGACAGUGGAGGCUGUCAGGCCUUGGCAGCUUCAAAGAGAUCGUAAAGUUUGUCGACAUGAAGGAGGAGGAAAUCAUGAAGAAGUCGAUGAAACGACGGUCAGGCGAGAAAGAUAACCCAGCUGCUGCAGGAUUCUCAGAUGCUCAAUCGGUGGCUUCAGCAUAG